GUCAAAAUUCACAAUUCACAACCACAACCUUCACACUUUUCCAAUUACACCACGAAUUUCACGUUCUUUCCUUCCCACGCAUACGACCUUUAGAUUCUGAACAAUGGCGCCAAAGAAGAACGCUGCGGCUGCGGCUGCCAUCGCACCACCCACCACACAAACCACAACUACCACAACUACUAUCCCGUCCUCCACACCCAUUAAGAUACCCUCCAAAUCCUCUUCGCAAUAUCAAUCGCCCCAACAAGUAGCCAUCGGUAUCUGGCAAAACUACCUCAAUAAAACACCACAGAGAACAAAGUUGAUCGAUGUGUUCAUGUCAUUUUUGGUUGUAGUGGGGGUUCUACAAUUCGUCUACUGUAUCUUGGCUGGCAACUACCCAUUCAACGCAUUUCUUUCUGGAUUCUCGGCAACUGUAGGACAAUUCGUUUUGACGGCUUCAUUACGCAUACAGACGAACGAAGAGAACAAGGCGGAAUUUAACUCUGUCUCUCCAGAGAGGGCUUUUGCAGAUUACGUUUUUGGAAGUUUGAUUCUACAUUUCUUUUGCGUUAACUUCAUCAAUUAGAUGUGUGGAUUUCAGGGGAGCUUUGAUGCAGCGUGGGAAGACAGAUUUGGCAGGGACUGUAGGAUUACCAAAAGCUGGGGAGGAAUCUAUUCCUA